AGAGAGAGACAGAGGGAGCGUGGUCAUAUCGUCAUCCUCUGCAUUUCUCCUCCCUUUCCAAUUCCCAAUGUGAGAGAGAGAGAGAGAGAAAGAGUGUUGGUUCUCUCUCUCUGGUCAUGGUCAGGUGGGACUUGGGAGUGAGUGAAAACAAGAUAAAGGAGAUAUAAAUAGGGGCGAGAGAGAGAGAGAGAAAGAGAGAAAAUAUCUCGCACACACAGUCACACCUACUUAAAUUCUCUUCCACAAAUCAAAAUAAACGCUAAGUUAUGCUUUCGUUGAUCCGCUUUUUCCGCUUCUCCACCACAAACCCUUCUCUGUGACGACUUCUUAUGUCAUUUUCAUUCUCAUCCAUUGUUGGAAGGUAGCUUUUUUCUAUUCUCUUUCUAGUUUUGUUUGUCUUCAAAGAAAAAGUAGAAGAAAGCUCUUUGCUAGUUAUGGGUAGAGAGUGGUUGUAUUGGGGUGGUGGUAGUGGUAGUGGGAGAUCCACAAAGAAAGGAAGAGGUGUAGAGAGAGAAAGUAGUAGUAGUAGUACUACUACUACUCCUUCUGGCUGCAUGAGUGCUGUACUUCAACUCUUUGAUUUUCAUCUCUUUCAUCAGUUUGCUUUACACCAACAACAACCACCCUCUUUCAAGCCUGACUCUUUCCUCCCUGAUGAACCCACUAUUCUCAAAGGGGUAGAGGCACCAAGAAACAGCUUGGAAACACAGGAGCCUUUCAUGGGAGCUAUUAAUUCACUGCUAAUAUCAACAAUGAAAGGAGAUAUACCCAUGGGUAUUCAAAUUAAAACAAGAACAGAUGAUUUAUCUUCAGAAUAUAGCAGCUCACCUGGUACCAAGACCCCAAAUCUAGUAGCUAGAUUGAUGGGUCUCGAUCUUCUUCCUGAAAACUCCUCUCCUUCAUUGUCAACCUCUUCCAAUCAUUCAACUUCAAAGCCACAUCUGCAACAAGAGUCUCACUCUCAACGGUUGAGAAGUUCCGGGUUGGACACAAAUAUAGUGGGUACACGUUCAUUGCCGGAGACGCCGAGAAUGUCGUCGGAGAGGAGAUCGGAUGUUGAUCACCGGCUUUCGCUUCAGAUCAACAAGGAGAACAUUGGUAUAAGCGAAGAAAUUGAGGUGUCGAGGAGUAGAAGAAGAGAUAUGAAGCUAGAGGAGGAGAUUAAGAGUCCAAGCCAGUAUGCAAGACAAAUUGUGAAGCAAGUGAGAGAAAGUGUUGGCAGGAAAGUUGGUCUUGACAUAACCAAUUACACCACCAGAAACAGAGACGAGCAUGAUGUUCUCAGAAGGAAGAAACAAGUCAAGGCUAGUUUAGCCAAGCUCGGAGACGAAUCGAACCCGAGUAAGCAGUCAACACCUUCUUGCUCACCAAGGCUGAGGUUCAUGGAAGCCAAGAACAGAACAGUCACAAGUACAGUGUCCACCGAGAACCAAAAUUCUCACAACCCAAAAUGCUCAUCAUCUCCAUCAUCAACUUCUUCGUUGAUCAAUAUUAAUCAGUCAAAACCCAGUAAAGUUUCAUGGAAGCCGAAGCAUGAGCCAUUGCAGGUGCAACGACAGCAAAAUUCAUCAAUCCAAAAAUGUGAGAAAGCUAGCACUGAACGCUUUGCUCGUCGUCUCAAAAAGCCUCUGAAAGCUUCGGAUUCGAUUCGGAACAAGCAAGAAGAACCAUUUGUUCGUGCAUUAACAACAAACAGAGCAAACCAGUCAGACAACAAAUGCAAGAAAACUCCAUUACCAAGUGAGAUUUUUUCAGUCAAGAAAGACCCUUCACCUCCAGCCACAAAAUUACCUCAAAAACAGUACUCACAAGCUGAUACUCUUCCAUCGAAAUCGAGCACACAGUUAUCAAGUUAUUCGUACAAACAAGAAACGACGCAUAGGCCCACCAUUCAAGAAAACAGCAUCCAUGACAGAUCCCGUAGUGCCUCCGCCGGAGAUGGAGAGGAAUUUCAGUACAUUUCAAGAAUACUAAAACGUACCGGCAUCGACGCAAGUACUCCCGUGUCCUACACCAAAUGGUACACCCCCUCCCGCCCUCUCGACCCCUCACUCUUCCACCACCUGGAACUCACCACCACCGCCGCCACAAAAUUGAGACAAAGACCCAACAGAAAGCUAAUUUUUGAACUAGUGAAUGAAGUUCUUGUUGAAGUGUUGAAACCAUAUGUGAACUUGAAGCCAUGGGUAGUCACUGGUGGACCUGACCGUGAAAUGAAUGGGUCGGAGUUGAUAGACCGUGUUUGGACGAAGAUAAAAGGUUUCCCUUUGGCCGAUUGUAGAGUUUUGGAAGACAUUGACAAGCUGAUCGAUUUGGGCUCGUGUGAUUGUGAGCUUGAAGAGGAAGGUGAGAGUAUAGUGUCUGAGAUCGAACGGGACGUGACGGAGUGGCUAGUGCAUGAGACGGCGAUGGUGGUGUGGAAUGUCCGUACGACGCCAGGUGGACGACGAACCAGAAGCAGAGUCUGACGGACGUCACAUGGGUGGUUCACGUGAUGAGAUGCGAUUCGUUAAGGGUGUGGGGUCCACUUUUCUCGGACUUGUAAAGAGAGAUUGGAGGGCUACACGUGGUGUUAAAAGAUAAUGACUGUUAGGCUGACACCACUCGCUUUCUUAGUUAGUCUUAUGUGUAUUAUUUAUUACCUUUUUAAUUUUUUUUAGUAAUAUAUAAUAAAUGAAUAUAAAAAAUAAUGUUUAGAUA